UUGAAGCAAUUCAGUGCGGAGGCUUAAUAGUUUUUUGUUUGUUGUUGUUGUUUUUAAGGCAUGGACUUACCAUGCUGGUAGGAGAUCUUAGGAGCUAUGUUAUACUUCUGACAUGUUUUGCUAUAUGUGAAAAGAGUAAAUAUAACUUUAAGAAGUGACCUUCGGUGUGGAAGUAGCUGCAUGAGAAGAAGCCCAUACAGCGAAGUUGUCUUGUAAUUAUUUUUAGCUCCUCAGGGACAGCUGUGUCAUCAUUGGAGUGUGUUUAGGUAGGAUUAAAUUCCAGUAGGUGUGAUGUCAUCCCCAAGCAGCUUGUAAUGGAUAAGAACACAAGUGAGACUGGAGAACUGUACAGCACUCAACCCGUUUUAAAGUCCCACAAACCCAUCCAGCCUUACAUCUGCUCCACUCUAGAUGAUUUUCAAGAAGAGAGAGACUUUUUGGCCAACAACAUCUUCCCUCGGCUGAAUGACUUCUGCGGCCCCCGGGGCACCUACUUCAAAGCUGUGGACCUGAGAUGGUCAGCCCUGAAGGCCCACAAAUCCUUCACUGCCAACCUGUUCCGACAGUACUCCUGUCUCCAUGCCCAGCACCUGAAGCUUUGCCUCGACUAUGUGAACAAGUGCUUCCCCUUCUUCAUCUGCUUGCUGGGGCAGACCUAUGGAGACUUCCUCCCCGACUACUCACCCUUCGUGUUCUCCAAGGUAAAGGACUUCUCGAGUUUAUCCAAGGGAGAACAGAAUCUAUACAUUGCUGCCAAAAAUGGUUAUCCUUGGGUCCUGAAGACUCCCAACUGCAGCCUCACAGAGUUUGAGAUCAUCCAAGCAGCAUUUCGGAAGCAAUCUCAAUUUCAAUUUUUCUACUUCCGGACCUCGAACGCACUGUUGAGGACUUUAAGUAAGGAAGAAGAAAAGCUGUCCUCAGCUUCUCUGUUUUUGCAAGAGGGAAAACAUAAGGUUGGAAAACUCAAGGCUAGGAUCAUCGGUAAAGGGCUUCCAGUCCGAUUCUAUAGAGACCUGGACGAGUUGGGUGACCUGGUGUUCAAGGACUGGUCGGCUGUUGUGGAAAAGCUCUAUCCAGUAACUACGAUCACGGAAAACAUAGACUACAGACACAGUUUUGAGCAUUUGUAUCAUGAAGAGUUUACCGAAAAGUGCAAGCAAGUGUUUGUUAUUUCCAAGGAAUCCAGCAGAACAUUUGACAUACUGGAAAGAUUUGCCUUAAAGAAUGCUGAACUUGAAUCUGACGGUACCAUAGCAAGUUCAGGGUUAGACUCCAUUCUCAGAAUAAAUUCUCUUCCAACUUACAAGUCUAUCUUGCUCUUGUCUGGGGAACGUGGCUGUGGGAAGUCUACUCUGAUCGGCAACUGGGUCAGUUAUUUCAAAAAGAAGUAUCCUGGAGUGUUGCUGAUCCCGUACUUUGUGGGAAGCUCGUGUGAGAGCAGUGACAUUAUGUCCGUGAUCCAUUACUUCAUCAUGGAGCUGCAGGACAGAGCCCAUGGCCUCCAGCUUGAAAUCGAUUUUCUUAAUGAAGACUCAAACGUCUUGGUCUUUUCGCUUCUUGUAGAAGUGUUCAUGGCCUCCAUCAGCUUAAAGCCAUGUGUACUUGUGCUAGAUGGGAUUGAAGAGUUGAUUGGCAUUUAUGGGAUUUCAGGUCAGAAGGCAAAAGAUUUCUCCUGGCUGCCGCACUCACUCCCGCCUCACUGUAAAUUCAUUCUGAGCACCGUCUCCUCCAGUCUCUCCUGCAAGUCGCUGUGUGCCCGCCCUGACGUGAGGACUGUGGAGUUCUCUGGUCUGGGGGAUGAAGACACGAAGUUCAGCAUCUUCAGACAGCACCUCCCCAACACUGACAAAGAGCGGUUUGGGCAGAAGAGGUCCGUUUUGAGGAAGAAACCAAACCUGAAUCCCUUGAAGCUCUCGAUCAUCGCCAGGGAGCUGCAGGAGUGCCGAAUCUACCGCAACGAGUUCCAGUGUCUGAGGGAGUACCUGGAAGUGGCCUCUGUCCCGGAGCUCUGGGAGCUGAUUCUCAAACGCUGGGUUGAAGAUUACGGUUGGAAUUUGAAGCAUAAAGAGGGAAGCUUGGCCACUGUGGCUUCAGGAAAAGGGUUGAGUGGCUGGGUGGCAGACGCGCUGUGCUUGCUCUGCAUUUCCCACUGUGGGCUGGCUGAGGAUGAACUGCUCGAGCUUUUGGACAUGCUGGGCUACAAGAACCAACAAAAAGUGACGGCAGUGCACUGGGCAGCUUUCCGCAAUGCCACCAAACACUGGAUCCAGGAGAAACCCAAUGGCCUCCUCUACUUCAGCCACCAGUCCUUACGGAACGUGGUGGAGUACAAGCUGCUGGGUGUAAUCACUCCAGUCAGAGAGAGCAGUCCAAAUGAGUCCCAGGACGCCAUGAAUCACAAGAAGGCACAUUUCCACCAGGUCCUGAUGAGGUUCUUCCAGCGGCAAACCCUUUUCUGGAGAGUGUAUCAGGAGCUGCCAUGGCACAUGAAGAUGAGCAGGUCCUGGGAAAGCUUAUGUGGCUUCAUCACGAGCCCUGGUAUCACAGAUUUCAUAUCAAAAAUCCAAAACCCGAGUUUGUGGACCAGGCUACACCUCAUCCAUUACUGGGAUGUGCUGCUGGAAGCUGGCAGUGAUGUAUCUGGGGCUUUUCUGGUCUCUGCUGCCAAGAUAGAAUCUGAACAACACCAGAAAAUGAGGAAGCCACCCACACUCUCAGUGCUGGAGUGCAGCCUCUCCCAGAUUACUACUGCUGAUAAAUGUAGGAUAAUACUCUUUAUUGGAAGUUUCCUGAAGUUUAUGGGCAAGAUCAAUGAAGCAGAAAGGCUGUUGUUGAUUGUUGAGGACAUGCUACUGAAGAACCCAUACAUGAUAGAAAUGCUCUUCAAGGCUCAGAAUGCCAUUGGAGAAUUAUAUCUUGAAAUCGGGAUGACUCAGAAAGGACUGACAUAUUUUCAAAAAGUGUGGUCAAAUCUGCUGCAGUUUACACUAAGUGACCUAAAAACUAACCAGGAACUGAUGAAGCAGAAAGUCAAAGUGAUGUAUAACCUGGCAAAAUCGGCGCCUGAGUACUUCUUAAAAGAAAAUCAUAUUUUGGAAUAUGCUACUGAAAUCUCCAAGUCCAUGGCUGAUAAUACCCGUGAUCAAGCUACCAUGAAAUAUACUGAAGGUGUUCUCAUGUUGGCUGCUGGAAAUGUGCCCCUCGCACAGUUGAGCUUUCAAGAGUGCUUAUAUAUCAGAAAAUGUCUAUUUGGCAAUAAAAGCAUACUAGUUGGAGAAAUUAUGGAAUUUUUAGCAGAUUUGCUUUUUUUUUCAACAGAAGAUAAGGAAAACUCCCAAAGGAAGCAGGCGAUUGAAUAUUAUAAACAAGUAAUAAAAAUCAAGGAGAAUGCAGAUUCUUUGGCCAUCUGCAAGCUUGUCAAGAAGCAGCUGAGCAUAAGCCUCAGCGACACCUUGUGUAAACUAGCAGGUCAGCUGUUGUCAGGUGGCUUCUGCCAUAAUGCCAUAAUGGAGGCAGUUGGCUGUUUGUAUAGGUCACUUGAUUUAAGGUCAACUCACCUGGGCUCUUCUCACGCUUCAAUCCAGGGAAUACUACACCUUCUGAGGGAAAUCCAGAGGUUCCGGGGCAGGAGGUGCUGGCCUCAAGGCAUGAGCCAGCUAUACCCCGAAGGAACUAAGAAUUGCUUUUUCUUAUGGGAGAACUUGCCGAAGUUAGACUUCUGCAGCGCUCAGAGUUCUGACACGGUGAACACUGCAAUGUGUAUGAAAAUAAGUAAGCUGCAGACAGCUAAAAGCACAGAGAUUUUGGUUUUAGAUAAAGCAGGAAUAUAUAUUCCUGGCAGAGGGAAGAAGACAUUGACUCCAAUUCUGUGCACGUCUGCUGAGGAAAAGACACAACAGAAGGCACAACAUACUCAAAUGUGGUAUGCUCCAAGAAAGCAAACUUUGAGGAAAAGGAAAGACUAUCCCAUUAAGACGUUAUCUCUUGGUGAAAAGAAUGGCUUAGCAGGACUUUCAAGGCAGAGAUUUUUUUCUGCUGAAUGUGAGAGUGGAGAUGGCCCAAUCACUGCGAUUUACCAUCAACCCCUGAGAACAACUCUUAGUGCAAAUCCCUGGGAGUCCAUAUCUGAGCUCAUAUCAGAAAAAUGGCUUUUUCACAGCCCCCAGUACAGCUUCAUACCUCAGAAGUCUGUAUUGCCGAAAAGAUCUCAAAUAAAAUCAAAAUGGUUGAAGAUCUCAAGUGAUACUGAUAAGGAAUAAAAAUUUUGGGACUCUUG